UAUCAUUAUAUCAUCAAGCUAACCCCCAGAUUAUCAAAGGGACAGCUUUGUGUGAGAAUUGAGCAUUGGAUUGUGCAGUAGUGCACAUUCAUAUCAUAGAUUAGAUGCUUUGCUGCUAAUCCUCAGCCCUCACUGGCUAGUGCCUCAGGUUUACUUUGGCCAUGGCUUCCUUUGUUAGAUCUUCCUUUUGGCUUUUGGCCAUACACUAUGCCUUAUCAAUAUGCUAUAUACCGUUCAGCCAUGCCAAGGAGGAACCCUUCAGUUCAACCUCUAACACCAAACGGGUGGCAAUAAUCGGAGCUGGCGCCGGAGGCUCAUCUGCUGCAUACCAUCUGCGCAAGCAUGCGGAUGCAUCGUCAAUCCCAGUAGACAUCACCACCUUCGAACGCGCCUCGUACGUGGGCGGUCGAUCAACAACAGUCAAUGUUCUAGAUCAUCCGGCGUAUCCGGUUGAGCUGGGUGCUUCAAUCUUUGUGAAGGUCAACCACCACCUUAUGAACGCGUCCAGAGAUCUAGGGCUGUCUAUCAAUAGCGCUGAUGCAGCCCGACCCAGGGAAAACGAUGAUAGCAUUGGUAUCUGGGACGGGAAGCAGUUUGUGUUCGUCUUGCAGGAGAACAGUUGGUGGUCCAUUCCUAAGCUGUUCUGGCGUUAUGGCUUGGCACCUAUUCGGGCACAAAACUUGAUGAAGGGCACAGUCAACAAGUUCUUGAAACUUUACGAGGAACCCAUGUUCCCGUUUAGAUCCCUCACUAACGCCGCCGCUGCAGUCGGCUUGCUGGACUCGACUUCAACUCCCGGUAAUGUUUUUCUCAGUGAGAACAAUAUAUCCCCCGACUUCUCUCGCGAGAUCAUCCAAGCAAGUACUCGAGUCAACUACGGACAGAAUCUAGGUCUCAUACAUGGCCUGGAGUCCAUGGUGUGUAUGGCUACUGAUGGAGCGGUGUCUAUCGAAGGCGGAAAUUGGCAAAUCUUCCAUGGAAUGCUCAAGUCCGCACGAGCCGACGUCCGCCUCAACCAUACAGUGACCUCCAUUCACCGUAAUGCCGAUAAAACAUUAACGCUCACUUACAACGCCAAUAACUCAAAGGAGCAGAAGCUCAUUUUUGACGAAGUAGUGAUUGCUGGUCCACUGCAGCAUUCAGACCUCUCUAUCUCUCCGCCGGUAGAAAAACAGCCGGACGAGAUUCCUUUCGUAACACUCCAUGUGACACUGUUUUCCUCACCACAUAAGCUCUCCCCUAAGUUCUUUAAACUCGAGGGGGCCAAUGCCCAGACUCCCGAAACUAUCCUCACCACACUCCCCAGUGGUCUGGAUCUAGGCUCUAACAAGGCAGGAGUUGGCCCAAGCGGCUUCUGGAGCAUCAGUACCCUCCGAACGGUGGACCAUCCAGUGGCCUCCCCAGACCAGAAGCCAGAGAAACACUACGUCUACAAGGUCUUCUCGCCUGAGCGACUCUCGGCCGGGUUUGUAAAUAACAUCUUGGGUCUGGAGAACACGGACGGUACUGUAAGCAAUAGCAACUCUACCAUUGGCGAUCUUUCCAAGCGGGACGUCAGCUGGCACCACGAAAAGAUCUGGUAUCCUUACCCGUUCCUCUACCCCCGUGUCACGUUUGAAGAGACGCUCAUAUCCCCUAAUAUUUGGUACACUGGUGGAAUUGAGAGUUUUAUCUCUACUAUGGAGACAAGCGCGCUGAUGGGUAGUAAUGUUGCCGCAUUGCUGUUCCAGUCGUGGCAGGAUCAGGUGGAGAGAACGGUAGGGGACGAUCCGGUCGUGGAGUGGGAGGAGAGGAUGGAGUUAUAGGUGGAGGAAACCUAACGUCCGCCGGGCUUGAUUGUAUUUCCUAUAUGGUUUACGUGGAUUCUUAAGGAGUAUGGGAAGCGAUGGGGCAUGUGGCCAGAUAGGAUAUGGACAAUUCCCUCUCCUCCCGUACACGUUCAUCGCUUACGUUACCAUUCUAGAAGAGAACGUAGUGUGACUUCAUAAAAUCUCAUUAUUAUGUAUUGAAAUCGCUCGUUGAUGGCAAGUAUAUCCAUUUGGAA